CUCAAUUGACAACCAUUAAUUUGUUUAUAAUACGUCAUAUUUAUUUUUGUACGCGGCGUACAGUACGCCUAUACGGGCUAUAGUGGCUAAACCAUAGAAUAUUCUGUGGCUAUACUAUAUUACUAUAAUAAUUAAUAACUAAUUGGUUAUCAGCACGAAUAUAGAUACUGUAUAGAAAUCUAUAUCCGUGGUUAUCAGUCAUCAUUAUUAGAUAGUAUCACUGAGUGGUGAUCGGGCCGCGGGGAAGUGCAUUUAUACGUUAAACGCACCUUCGUUAAAAAUAGAAUAUCCGGGGAGCCCAAAUAAACCGCAGGAUGAUAUAUCACGUAUUUUCAUUAAUUCGUUAUCAACAGUUAUAUUUUAAUCUAUAAUAAAUUUGUUAUAGAGUUUUAUAAUUUGUUUUGUUAGUUGGUCAUUUUACAUAUUAGUAUUUACGCGUUUCAUGUUUGUGAAAAUUGAGUAAACCUACGUCGUACAAGAAAAAAUGUUCAGUAUAUUUAAUUUAAAAAAAAAACAGAAUGCUUCUGCUAGUUUUCAUUUAACUGAACAGACCGAUGCCGAAUCAGUAUUAGUCGAAACAUUAACUGCUGAAAAUACUGAAGUUCCAGUUGCAAGUAUAAAUUUGUUUGAUUCAAGUACGCCCGACUUAGAUUUAGGUGAUUUAAACACAGGCCCUAAGCAACCAAUAUUAAAGGCGAGUAAUGUAUCGACACUGGUUUAAAAAUUAAAAUAGGUAGUAGUUUUUUUUAGUUUAUACUUAUUACCUAAGUAAUAAGUACCUAUAUUCUUACUUUUCUAUAUAAAAAAUCCUAUUAUUUAUUUUUAAUAACCAUGUGAGUUAACUAAUUUUUUUCACCAGUUAACUUAAGUACAAUUAAAUUGAUGUGUUUACUAUUUAAUUUGUCUUAGGUUUAUCCAAAAACUAAAUUUGGAUCUCAAAAUCGAGCAUUUUCUUCAACAUACUUUAAAGAUUUUAAUUGGAUGGAAUAUAGUAUUCAAAAAGAUGCUAUUUGUUGCUAUCCUUGUCGCAUGUUUGCUGUAACUUCUGGUCACAAUGAAGAAACUUUUACUAAAACCGGCUUUAGUAAUUGGAAGAAGUUAAGUGGAGCCAAAAAUGCUAAAGCCAAAAAUACUAGGAUUCAAAAUCAUGCAUGUUCUGAACAUCAUUUAACUGCCAUAGUUAAAUGGACUGAAUAUAAAAAAUCAUGUCAAUCUGGUAAUAGUAUUAUUUCCCAAUUAACAGCUGCUCAUACUGAACAAAUUAAACAAAAUAGAGAAUAUAUGAAAUGUAUAAUUGAUAUUGUUUUAUUACUUGGCCACCAAGGUUCUGCUUUUCGAGGUCAUCGUGAGAAUGAUGCUUCACAUAAUAAAGGUAAUUUCAAAGAAUUAUGUGAACUCAUGUCAAAGUAUUAUCCGGAAUUUAAAAAUAAAUAUUUUAACGAUGCGACAAACCACUCUAGUUGGUUAAUACAAAACGAUCUGAUUAAUAUUUGUGCUGACAAUGUAAAAAGUACUAUCAUCAAAGAAAUACAAGAAAGUGGAAUGUUCAGUAUUUCUUGUGAUGAAGCUAGGUGUCACAAACAGGAACAACUAUCAAUUUGUAUUCGGUACCCAAAACAAUGGGAUGUACAAGAAAGAUUUUUGUGCUUAGUUGAUGUUUCAAGAAGUCAAAAUGCUGAUGCAUUAGUUUCUGAAUUACUUAAUUUUAUCAAUUCAUCAAAUUUAGAUAAAGUUCCAAUAAUAGGUCAAUCAUACGAUGGAGCAAAUGUGAUGUCUGGGUCUAAGAGUGGUGUGCAAACAAAGCUAAGAGAAGCUCACCCUCAAGCUAAGAAUGCUAUCUAUGUACACUGCAUGGCACAUAAAUUGAAUUUGGUGGUAGUCGACAUGUGUAAACAUAUAAAGGAUGCAAGGAACUUGUUUAAUGGAUUAGAAGCUCUUUAUGUUUAUUUUUCACGACCCUCCACAAAUUUUAAACUUUGUGAAAUGCAAAAAGAGCUAGGUUUAACUAAGAUUACUCUUUCCCAAUUAAGUGACACUCGGUGGGUCUGUAGAUUUAAGAGUUGUGAUGCUCUUAUUAACAAUUAUGAUGCUAUUGUCAAUGUUUUAACUAAUGAAAUUGAUGAACAGGAGAGUAAAGAUGUCGCUCAAGCAAUUGGUGUCUUGGCAACUAUAAAAAAUUUUAAAUUUAUUAUAUAUUUGUUUAUACUCCAUGAUGUUCUGAAAAUAAUAAAUAUAUUGAGUGUACAAUUACAAUCAAAACUGGCAACAUUAGGAAGUUCGGCAUGCUUAAUAAAUGGAGUUAAAGAAACUCUGAAAAAAAAUCGUACUGCCAAAUAUUUUGCAGAAUUAUGGGAAAAAAUUAUUAAUUUUGCAGAAAAUAAUGAUAUUUCUAUCAAUAUACCCAUAGGUUCUAAAAGACAUAGAACAGAAACAAAAACCUUGAAGGAUUACCAUGUUACUGUUACAACUGCAGCUGAGAACUCGUUUUACGAAGAUGAUUUGUCAAAGAAAAAAUAUUGGGAAGAGCAUGCUAACUAUCCAAUAUUAGAUGCAAUUAUUGGUAGUUUGAGUACUAGAUUUUCAGAGGAGAGUUUAAAAAUUGCGUCAGCAGUUGAUGAAUUAUUUAAAUUAAAUUUUCAACAAUCAUCUUUUCUUAUUGAUUAUUACAAAGAUACUUUUGAUAUCAAUUCUUCAAACUUAAAAUGUGAAAUGAAUGUGAUGAAAAACAUGAUGAAAGAAGUUAAUUUUGAAAAUAUCAAAAAACAUUUAAAUAAAGAAGUAUUUCCUAAUUUAUUUAAAAUUAUGCAAGUGGCAAUAACAUUACCAGUGAGCUCGGCCACUUGUGAAAGGUCCUUUUCAACUAUGAGAAGGAUCAACACAUAUGUCCGAGCUAACAUGACUCAGGGCCGAUUUACUAAUUUGGCAAUAUUAAAUAUCGAAAAAGAUAUUAAAGUAGAUAAUGAAUUAGUAUUAAAUACAUUUGCAAAAUCCAGCCGAAGAAUUCAACUUUAAAAAUGUAUUGGGUAAAUUUUUUUAAAUAAAAAUUGUUCUAUAAUUAUAUUAUUUUGUUGUUACUUAUUGCUCUAAAGCCAUACAUACUUACAGUAUUAAUAAUUCCUAUUGUUUUCCUAAAAGUUAUGUGGUGUAUAAUGUAUAUUAGGUAUAUAUUAUAAAUAUCAUUUUGAGAACUAUUACAAGUAGGUAGAUGAAAUAGGAUAGCACAUUUGAAAAAAAUAUUUAAUAAGUUUUAUUUUCUGUCAAUAUUAUAAUAAUUAAGUACGCAGUAUACAAUAUACCUAUAAUCUGUAUGUUGUACUAAAAAAAUAUUUAGGUAUUAAUUACUUGUAUAAAUGCUUCAUUUAGUAGCUAGGGCUUCAGCCCCCUAAAUCUCAAACGCUAUUUGCGCCUAUGGUAUCUACCUAUAUAAAAUAUAACAAUAUGCGUCAUGAACGUUUCAAAUCCCAUUGAAAAACAUUUUUGUCUGAAUUACAACAAAAUAACUAAAUUUAUGAAUAUUAGUUUAAAUAUUUAAUUCUGUCCAAAUUCGAACUUGAAUGACGAAUGCUUAUAAAAGAAAAUUGUGUUUAUAGGUGUAUACACUAUACUUGAUACUUGACAGUAAUUAGUACUAUGAUACUUUUUAGAUCUGAUUAUUUAAUUUCAGUAGGUAAUAAACUAAUAACUUAUGAGGUACCUUGUGUUAAAAAAUCAAUAUCUUCGUCUCUCUGUUCAGAGUCUAAGAUAAUACACCAUCAUUUACUUAUAAAUUUCUUAACUCGGAUUGCAUAAAAAUAAAAAAAACCUUGAAUAAUUAGA